GCCACCGAGACGCCACAAUCGGUGCAGUGGCUGAUUUCUUUGUUUAAAAGGCUGCCCUGUGCGCCGCAUCGUGGUUCUCGACUGCAGGCACAAUUUGGGGACGUCGAGUCGCUCCGUUGUGCCUCGAUUCCAACAAAGGUUGAUACUCGUUUGUGUAUUGUGACGCGGUUGGCCAAGACGUUUCAAAAUCUGCUACGCAUAUUCGCGCCGCGUCACGUUACGCUCAACGAGUGUCAACCAAGCUGGAAAGAUGGCGGAGCGACCUGAAGAAUACCCGUGCAGCCAUCUCUUCCGCUGUGUCAAAGAGUUUCAAACUCCGAAUCUACACGUGGAAGCGCGUGUCUCGCGUGGGAUGGGUUUGGAGGAGAUGGUUGGCGGGCGCUUCUUCAGCACGGUAGCGCUGUUUUUAGGAUAGGCGCCUACCUGCCUCGAAACAGUGUUACCGGUCGACGUCCUCCCACCACAACUUUGCACCGGUCUUCUGAGACACCUUGGAUUCCGACUCGAUCUCAGAAGAUCUGUCCAUCAUGUUGAUGGUGGACCUCGCGGACGUGGAAGAAAGAUUGGCGAGAAAAGCGAUAAUUUCCCGUUGAUAUUGAUUCCAUGUCUGCCCCGUCAGCCUUUGCGGCUGGCGUUCCUCCAUCCAUGCCUGCCGGCAGUCAUGAGAUACGAGACUACUACUCCAACCAAGACCCACCUCGGUCGUUGGCACACACUGCACCAUCCAUCACACCCUACCUUGGCCUCCGGGCCCGUCUAUCGCAAAUAUGGCUCAAUCGAUGGACCAUACUCCUCCUACUUGUUCUGGCUCGCACCCUUAUCGCCGUCUCUGGCAUCAACAACGAUCUGAGUUCGGCGCGACGCGAAGCCUUGUCUGCAUGUUCGGACGUUGAAUCGAUGGGUUCCGCCAUGGCAUCUAUGCCUCAUUACAUGUCUCAAGGCGUGAAUGAGUUGGCCGCCACUGGCGUAGAGAAGUCGGUCAACGGCCUGAUGCAGAUGACAACUUUGAGCGUUGCGGCCGUGGAGGAAAUUGUCGUGUUUGUCAUCGGCAUGAUGACCAACACGUAUCUAUGCCUCAUCACUUUCGCAGUCAGCGGAAGUCUUCAUUCGGUCAUCGGAGCUCUGGAAUCUGCACAGACUGGGCUCAACACCCUGACCAGGAAUCUUGGAAACGAUAUGUCUGGCACGGUGUCGGACUUCGAAUCUGCCUACAACAAAUUCGUGGAUGCGCUCAAAGGCAUCACAGCUUUUGGGCUUUCGGUUCCUCAGCCUCCGCCGCUCAACCUGACACAGCAAGUUAAGACUCUGCAAGGACUCAAAUUACCGUCAAAUCUGGACGCCGAUUUGCAGAAACUCAACAGUUCAAUUCCCACCUUCGAUGAAGUCAAAAACUUUACCGAAGGUAUUAUCAGGCUCCCGUUCGAAGAGGUCAAGCAGCUCAUCAAUGGUUCGCUCGGCAACUAUACGUUCAACCGGUCGACGUUCCCGGUGCCGCAGAAGCAGGAACUAACCUUCUGCAGCGACAAUGACGGGAUCAACGAUUUUUUCGACAACUUGGUCGACCUAGCUGCCAUUGCACGCAAGGUAUUCAUUGGCGUCCUGCUGACCCUGGCAAUCCUGGUCAUGAUCCCAAUGGCGUACCGCGAGAUCCGUCGCUGGCGCAAGAUGCAAGACCGUAGCCAGCUUGUCAAGUCAGACGCGCGUGAUCCCAUGGACGUGGUGUAUCUGGUCAGUCGGCCUUACACUUCGUCUGCCGGACUGAAGGUUUCGCACUCGUUCGAAUCUCAACGGAAGAAGGCCUUGAUUCGGUGGGUCAUUGCGUACGCCACGUCGGAUGCAGCUUUGUUCGUCCUUGCGCUCGCCUUGGCCGGUUUGUUUUCGUGCGCGUGUCAAGCCAUUCUGCUCCGGUCCUUGGAGAAGGAAGUCCCCAACCUGUCCAACCAAGUGGGUGCAUUUUCCGACAAGGUUGUGGCCCAGCUCAACAACGCAUCCCAGCAAUGGGCCACCGGCACCAAUGCAGCCAUUGCAUCCACUAGCCAUGACAUCAAUCAAAACAUGUUAGGUUGGGUGAAUACCACGACGACCGCUAUCAACGACACUCUCAAUGCUUUUGUGGACAAGACAACAGACGUGCUCAACGCAACUUUUGGCGGCACGCCUCUCUACGACCCGAUACUUGAGGUCCUCAACUGUCUUGUCCUUAUGAAAAUCGCAGGCAUUGAGAAAGGUCUGACAUGGAUUCAUGACAACGCGCACGUCGACUUCCCGACUCUCCCAAAUGACACGUUCAGCUUGGGUGCCGUGUCCAGUCUCGCUUCAACCAGCUCACCGGGAGAUUCGUUUCUCGCGAGCCCAGGUGACGCAGCGAGCGACAAGAUCUCAAGCGCUGUUGCCCGGUUCAUCGAUACGGUAUCAUCUGCCAUUCGAACCGAGGCCAUCAUCUCAACUGUCAUUCUUCUCGUCUGGGUGGCUGUAGUGCUCAUUGGAGUCAUCCGUGCACUCACGCUUUGGGCUGGGCGGGACAAGAUCAGAGGUGAAGGGGGUGCUCCGGUGUUCCCUCCAUCCUCCGGGUCCAAUCACGAUCGGUAUGGUGGAUUCGCGGAUGUUCCACUGUCGGCCAUGAACACUGUCAGGCCUUCGUCACCUGCACCCAGGUAUACGCCAUCCAACGAGGUUGAAGUGCGGGAAGUUGACUACCAGGAUUCCAAGCUCGGUUUGGCUGGGCGACAAGGACACAAGCCAACACCGUUGACUGGGAUUGACAGCAAACGAGAGAGCAUAUGGCACGGGGAUUGAACAGAUCCGAUUUCAGCAACAGGUUGAUACACCGAAGGCAAGGGACUAUCGUCACAAAUUCGAAGUCCCGGUUCACCAGUUUGUGCAGGAUCACAACAGAGCUCUACAGCUCAAUUUUAGCGUUGGGCUGACUCGUUGCCAGAGCGGCAUACAGCGGAGAGCCGCAACAUUUGUGGAGGAAUUUACAUGGGACCUCGAUUGAGUCGAGGAGUACGGUAGACGAGAUGCACCGGGUGGCAUUGAGUCUUGCGUGUGUGAUGUUGAAUGAUGACAUGCUUUGUGAAGGAUCUUUUUCUUUUUUGUCAGGACAGCAAGACCGGAUCCGUUUGUUUCGAAACCCGAAAUACAAACAAACGCGUCAACCAACCUUACCGGUCUUGCUUUUCGACAAAGCAACGGAGAUUCCCACGCCAACGCCGAGGGACUAGAGUUCCUUCCCUGCCCCUUCUCCGGUGGCGCGGACAAGUCUCUCUUCCUCCGGUUGAGAGACUUUUGCUCUUUUCUCCAUCGACCUUUCGAUGGCCCUCUAUCCCCACAGCGGCCAUCGCGCCUCUAUGUUACUAGAGGUGUGAAGCAAGGUUGAUGUUUUGAGAUGAGUGGCACCGCGCCUAUUAUCGCAGCCGGAGUCGCGUGAUGGAGUGGAACGAUAAGUCCUAUCGAUCUUAUAUACCCCGCCAUUGAUUUUUGUCCAAAGACAUCAAUGGGUGUGUGGUAUCCUCGGGGAUGAAGCAGGUCUUGUUUUUGAAUGUUUGGACCCACGUCGGCUUAGAGCCCCCUUCGUUUCCCUUGCGGGAACGAUGCUGCGUAGGCUCUUCCGACCCAAACAGAUUUUUUGUUGUUGAGCUAUGGUCUCGGGGGAUAUCUUAUGGCUGCCGUUGAUGUGCGCGUGGAUGUUGAGGCCCCUCGUCCGUGUCGGUGUUUGGGGUCUUUUUUCGUGACGUUUCCUCCGAGAAGCGUUUCGAAGCCAGGGUCAUUUGUCUCUUCACUGAUCUUCGGAGAAAGUCGAAAGCAAUGAUUCCUGGUUAAAAGGAAAUUCCCAAUACUGACGCGGACGAGGGUUCACCUUCGGAACGAACUUUGCCGGAUUGGGUUUUCUCAGUUUCGACUUCUUUUCCGCCAAAUAUUUACGCUCCAAUCUGUCGACCAUUGCAUGCUUUUCAACCCAGCACAGAUUGAGAGUCGAAACUGGCAGAAGACAAGUCUGGUGAUGGGUUCGCUUCGGAGAAGGUCUUCUGGUCUAUAUGCUUCUGGUGGCACGGCUCCCAGCAUGCAGGAUCCGACCGUCACCGGCAUGCAGGAGUGUAUGGACCAGAAGGCGGACUUCUGUAGCUUUUGCUCCGAGUCCACAUUCCCUCUAUCCGCAUGGGUAGCCCCUUUUUCAAAAAGAAAAUAAAACCGCCGUGGGCUGGAUCGACAAGAAGCAAAGUCACUGCUUGUUCUGGACAGAUACUGCCCUCGCCGUUGGGAUUACUGGACGCGAGGCAGGCCAUGCAGUGGCUUAGAUAGAUGGAUACCUACCUACCAAUACCAAGAUCUAGCCUGACAAUCCUCGAGAACUUGAAGGGUCCCAGUAGUAUCUUUGUGGUACCUUAUGUAGUGUUCCAAGCCAUGAAUGCGUAU